CACCGGCGCAUCCACACUGGAGAGAGACCCUACAGCUGCCCCGAGUGUGGCAAGACCUUCAGCCAGAGCUCGUCGCUCAUGCGGCACCGGCGGAUCCACUGCAGAGACCGGCCUUACGAGUGCACCGAGUGCGGGAAGAGCUUUCGCUGCAACUCAUCCCUGAUGAACCACCAGCGCAUCCACACCAGUGAGCGGCCCUACAAGUGCCCCGAGUGUGGGAAGGGUUUCAUCAAUAGGUCCAGGCUCACCAACCACCGGCGCACCCACACCGGAGAGCGGCCCUACAAAUGCAUCGACUGCGGGAAGGGCUUUGGAGACAGCUCCGCGCUCAUGAAGCACCAGAGGACGCACGCCAAGUAG